CUCCCCAUUGGUCCUUAGAGAGGUGCCGCUCUAUCCGCUGACAUUUCUAUGGCGAAAACCCGCUAUCCGCCUAAACAAAGCCGGAGUUGGUGGAUGGCUCUAACGGAGUCUAACUUUUUCCUAUAUUUCUACGGUCAGAAGUUUGAACUCGUCGGAAACGGGUUUUUUUGGAACUCCUGUUGUGACGCAUUAGUCUGCGCCGCUGGCGUACUAACGUGCCGGCGCUGUCUCACGUGAUUUGUUUGAGGCUCUGCAAGAUGGCGGUGUCUCCCUCUAGCCCUUCGUCCUCCGAACCGGGCGGACGGUAUUGCCUGGUCAGCUGCGUUCCGACCCAGCUCCGCUCCACCGAUCUCCGCUCUUACUUCAGCCAGUUCGUCGAGGCCGGGGGCUUCCUCUGUUUCCACUACCGGCACCGCCCCGAGCGCAUAGAUGGCCCAGGCGCUCCUUCUCGGCCAGGUCAGACCUGCUGCUGCCUGGUGGCGGUUCGGCCCGGUUGGUCCCGCCGCUUGGUCCGGAUGUACUCGGGAAAGCGCUGGAUCGACACGCAGGGAGAGACGCUGCCUGGCCGGUGCCUUAUACGGAGGGUUCGGGUUUCCUUGGAUAAAGAUGUUGACAUUUUCCCCUAUAAAACCAAAAAGGAGGGCCACAGAGCCUUGAAUGAAACUUUUACCCAGGAUGAUUUAAAACGGCUGCCUGAACUCAACCCACCAGCAUUCAUGCCUCAUGGGAAUGUAGGAACCCCUUUGAGAGUCUUCUUGGAUCUCAUCAAAGCCUGUAGAAUGCCUUCUCGUGCUAUCAAGAAGCUGCGAUUGCAGUUCCCCAAAACUGGCUCUUCUCGUAGAUACGGGAAUGUACCAUUUUCAUAUGAGGAAACAGAGACUAUUGUACAAGAGGAGCAUGUUUACACAGCUUCAGGAGAGGAGAUAACAGAAGGGGACCACCUACCAAGAGUGGAGGUGGCUAAUCAAGGUAAUGACAUACAACAGAGAGACUGGAAUGACUCAGAGAAAGAAGAACCGGAAGAAGCUCAAUUGGAUGAUGAUGAUGACGACGACAGAUGUGAAGAAUGGGAGCGGCAUGAGGCCUUGCAUGAGGAUGUCACCAGCCAGGAGCGCACAAAGGAACGUUUGUUUGAGGAGGAGAUCGAACUGAAGUGGGAGAAGGGAGGCUCUGGGUUGGUCUUCUACACGGAUGCACAGUAUUGGCAAGAAGAAGAAGGAGGAGGAGAUUUUGAUGAGCAGACAGCGGAUGACUGGGAUGUGGACAUGAGCAUCUACUACGACAAAGAUGGCGGCGACAAGGAUGCUCGGGAUCUGGUCCAAAUGCGGUUUGAACAGAGGCUCCGGGAUGGUUUGGAAGAUGGGUCUCUUCUGGGCCAACAAAUUGGGAACUUUGAAAAAUUUACCAAGGGCAUUGGUAGGAAACUGAUGGAGAGGCAAGGCUGGACUGAGGGCCUGGGCCUGGGAAGCAGCAAUUCAGGGAUGACUGAAGCACUAGACAACGAGGGACAGAAUCCCAGAUGCAAAAGAGGCUUGGGGUACCAUGGUGAGAAGCUCCAGACUUUUACUAAGCCCAAGAAGCCUCGUGGGGAUGGCUGCCCUCUCAUUUCCACCAUCUAUGAUGAGCCUCAUCCUCUGGAUGCAGAAGAGCAACUACUCCGCCGCCAGCUACCAAUCAGCAUGAAGUAUCGGCAGGAUAUGGCAUUUGUUCAUCCCAUGCAUGGGCAUCAUCAGAGUUUCAGUUCUUCCUGAGGCAGCUGCCAGACAGGAGGGGUUGUGGGACUGUGUUGGGACUACAUUUGCUUUUGCAAAUAAUUUUUUUCUUAUUUAUUAAUUUAACUCUUCUAUUCUGUUUUUAAUUACCAAAGUUGAUUACUGGAGCCAAAUCAGGGCAAAAUGUUAAGUAACUUUACUAAUAUGGGUACCUCUUGAUACUUGUAAGCUGAGUUAAAGGGUUAGUGCUGGUGUUGCCUUAGAAUUGCCAGAAGAUCCAUGAUGAAGUAGUACUUCAGCAUUACAUCAUACUCUGCCGCUGCUGGCCCUUAUCAAGAGGAAAAUCCUCCAUACUCCAUUGCUCUUUGCAAUGAAGAGUAUCAUUCCUCAUAUGAUGUAUGAGAGGGAGCAACGCUUGUAAAUGAGUAAAAUACACCAUUACUGUUGGGGGAAAAGAGAUGAGACUCCUGAAUGAAUAACUAUGAAAAUGCCCCCAACCUAUCAGUUGUGUAACUGCAACCUUGCUAGAUUGGAGAUACUAAUAUGAACAAGGAGGUCUAUAAUAUUUCAUCCCAUUCUUCCUCCAAGGAAGCAUACACAGUGUUUUCCCAGUGUAUUGUCUCAACAACUCUGUAAGAUAAGCUAUGUGGGGAGAGCAUUAAGUCACUCCAAAGUGAGAUAGUUGAGCCCAGAUUUUCCUGCUCUAGGUUGAUGCUGAAUGCUAUAUAACAUCCUGAAGUCACUGUGUCCUACUUUCCAUACGCUCUUGUCAAGGUUUGCUUUUCUUUGUUUAUCCUACUCUUCCUUUAGGUUGCUCAAAACAGCUCACAUGGUGUGUUCUGCCUCUCUCAUUUUAUCCUCACCAACAACCGUUAGGGCUGCUAAAGAAAGUCAUGUUCUUCUAUACACUAUAGCUCUUACUACUAUGGAAGAUGGUCUAUGGACCAGAUGCAUGCCAAUUCAUCUACAACUAACCAGUAUGUUUCUGCGUUUUUAUUUAGUUCAGCCUUGAACCUAUUUCUCAGCAUGCCUGAUCUCACAAUUAUCUCGCCCCCACAUAUCCAUUAUGUCAUUCAUUCCUCUAUCAUGCUGCUUGUUUGCGUGUUGGGAGGACACACAGCUGGUGCUAACUUACUAAAGAAAAUAAAUUUGCAAAAGGAUAAAGAAACCCCUGUGCUGCAAUAUAACAUUACUGGAAAACACAGAUCAGAACAAACAGCUUUUACACCCAUGAUAAAAGUAGGACCAAUGAUAAGAGUUUGCAGACAAUAAUUCCAGUGUUGUAGAGAAAUGUGCCUGUAUCUUUCACCCACUGCUUAAUUUCUAAAGCGAGGGUUGUUGGGCUUCAAAGCCAGUUCACACCUUCUGCUUAAGGUGAAGGAAAGGCAUUUUACCCAUGCUCAGAUGCACUUUACCUAUUUUCUGCUGAGCUCCAAAGCAAGUUUGGAGGCUAAGCCCUAAUGAGUUCUGGUUCAAAUUCAACCCUGCUUUGUGCCAUGGAUGUACCAUAAAACAUGACAGUGAGUUCCUAUCACAGGGAUCCCCAAUCUCAUGCCUAUGGUCACCUCCUGCUCCCAUGUUUAAUUGUUUUUUAAAAUAAAGAGGGUUUCCUAUUUGGA